AUAGUCAGGGUAAUUCUCCAAAUGUUAUAAAUGUUCAAGAGAAUCACCCUAAUGUUCAAAAUGAUCAAGAUAGUCACGCAAAUCUUCCUAAUGCUCCAAAUGAUCAAAACGGUUGUAACAGUUUCCCCAUCAGCCGAGAUGGUCGCAGAAAUUCUUCUACUAAUCAAAAUGGUCAAGAAAAUCUUCCUGAGGAUCUUUUAA